UCCUUAGUCCUCUCCGCGCUAGAGCUGCCAGACCUGCUGGGUCGAGCUUCGAGCGGAGGAUGCGACGGGGCUGGAAGAUGGCUCUGUCCGGGGGGCUGCGGUUCUGCCGCCGCAUGCUGGCUUGGGUGCCCGUGCUGGUUAUCGUGCUCGUCGUGCUUUGGUCCUAUUACGCCUAUGUCUUCGAGAUGUGCGUGGUGACCGUGGCCAACACAGUAGAAAAAGUCAUCUACCUCGCGGUGUACCAUGCCCUCUUUGUUUUCUUCAUCUGGACCUACUGGAAAUCUAUCUUCACUCUCCCACAUCAGCCACACCAGAAGUUCUUCAUGUCCUACGGAGACAAGGAACGCUAUGAAAAUGAAGAACGGCCUGAAGUUCAGAAGCAGAUGCUCCUUGACAUAGCCAAGAAGUUGCCGGUGUACACCAGGACUGGGAAUGGAGCUGUCCGAUUCUGCGACCGGUGCCAUCUGAUCAAGCCUGAUCGCUGCCACCACUGCUCUGUCUGUUCCAUGUGUGUCUUGAAAAUGGACCAUCACUGCCCUUGGGUGAACAACUGCAUCGGAUUCUCCAACUACAAAUUCUUCCUUCAGUUCUUGGCCUACUCUGUCCUGUAUUGCCUCUACAUCGCCACGACCGUAUUCCAGUAUUUCAUCAAAUAUUGGGUGGGUGAUCUUCCGAAUACGCGCUCCAAGUUCCACGUCCUCUUCCUCCUCUUUGUGGCUUGCAUGUUUUUUGUCAGCCUGAUGAUUCUCUUUGGGUACCAUUGCUGGCUUCUGAGCAGAAACAAAACGACCUUGGAGGCCUUCUCUGCUCCGGUGUUUCUCAGUGGCCCGGACAAAAAUGGGUUCAACCUUGGAUUCAUCAAAAACUUCCAGCAAGUGUUUGGUGAGAACAAGAAGCUGUGGUUACUCCCCAUCGGGUCCAGCCCAGGUGAUGGACAUUCCUUCCCAAUGAGGUCCAUGAAUGAAUCCCAGAAUCCACUGCUGGCCAACGAAGAGCACUGGGAGGAUAACGAAGAGGAUGGUCGAGACUUUUCAGCGAUAAUUCCCAAGUUCAAGUUCAUGUACACUGGAAAUGUCCAACAAAGAUGGAAUUCAGUAUUGCCUUUGCUUUACCACCAGCACCUGGUCAGGUGAGCAUCCGCUAGAUCUAAGCGUGUGACCAGAAGUCUGCCGGGACUUGUAUCAAGUAAAGAAUGCAGCAACCAA